AUGGUUGAAAUCUCCGAAAAGAAAACAGUUUAUAAAAAUACUGAAAAUAAUAACGAAACUAUUUGCACCGAUAAUACCACGAAAAGCAACUUAUCUGUUAUGAAUGUUACAAUUGACCAAGAUUACUUACCAGUUCCCUCUUCUAGUGAAAAUACAAUUUUAGAGCCCGGACAAAUCAAUAAUAAGGAAGGACGACCAAGAAGAGGUAGAAAAAGGAAGUAUCCACAACAAAAUAGAAAAGAAAAGAGAGCAAAACUAAACCACGGUAAAGAAUACAUAAAUUACAAAGGAUUAACAGUGCCGUCAAAGAGUUUCGUUAAUGGUUAUAACUGUAGUUGUAAGAAAAAAUGUACAGAAAAAGUUACAGAGAUUGAAAGAAAGACAGUAUUUGAGAAUUAUUGGGCAGCUGGUAGUUAUGAAGCACGUUGUGCAUUGUUACAAAGUUUUUGCAAAGAAUUAGAAAAAUCUCGAAAUAAAUCAAAUAAAAGGACAUUUACUAGAAAAUAUUAUCUCAAAGGAGUCUCAGUUUGUAAGGCAGCUUUUUUAAAGACAUUAUCCAUAAGCCAAAAACCCUUAGACAUUGCUCUAGCUAAGCAUAGACAACAGAAGCCGCUGUUGGAUAAGAGAGGAUGCACUGGUGGUCAUAAUAAAAUCACAGAGGCUAAAAGUCAGGAAGUGAUCAAUUUUAUAAAGAGUUUACCGAAAUACAAAUCUCAUUACUGCCGCGAAAAAACUAAUUCGAAAUAUUUGGCUCCAAAUUUAAAUCUUAAUUUUAUAUAUGAGUUGUACAAAGAAAAAUACCCAGAAGGUGUAAGUAAAUCAACGUUUAAAAAUAUAUUUUACAAAAAGUUUAAUUUAAGGUUUAAGAAACCUCAGAAAGAUACCUGCAAUAAAUGUGAUAUUUUUAAUGUUCAGAAGAAAAAUUUGACUGGUCCAGAAUUGGAAAAAGUGGAAAAUGAGCAUCGAGUCCACUUAGAUAAAGCGAAAUCUCUUAGACAACAAAUGAAAAAGGACAUGAAAGUUGCCACUAUAGACAACACAAUUGAAACUCUUACGUUUGAUCUCGAAAAAACCAAUUGUUUACCUAGACUACCAACGAAUAUUAUUUAUUAUAAAAGACAAUUGAAUCUCUACAACUUUGGAAUUCACCAGGCGAGUAAUAAUCAAGGCUAUUUUAAUAUUUGGUUGGAACAUGAGGGGGGAAGAGGAACCCAAGAAGUUGGAUGCUGUCUCAAAAAAUUUAUAUUAAACAAUUUAAGAAAUACUACUAAAGAAUUAAUUUUAUGGGCUGACUCAUGCGGUGGGCAAAAUAAAAGUAUUAAAUUAGUUUUAAUGCUUUUACAUCUGCUUUUGAACCAUGACAAGUUAGAAAAAAUAACAAUGAGAUUCCUUCAACCAGGACACACAUUUCUACCGAAUGAUUCAGAGUUUGGAGACUUAGAAUGCGCGUUAAAGACACAUAAUCGUCUAUAUACCGUUGAUGACUACAUUAAUGUGAUGAAAAGUUGUCGGCGUAAGAAUAAAUUUGUAAUUAAUAAAUUUUGUAGCGAAGAUUUUCAAUCUGUAGAACCAUUAUUACAAGCUAUUACGAACAGGAAAAAGGAUAUCAACAAGGAAAAAGUAUACUGGCAAAAAACAUUUCAGAUCGAAAUGAAGAAAUGUGAACCUAACAAAUUAUAUUUCAAAUCUGAUGUAACAUCUGAAGAGGUUCAAACAGUUGAUAUAGCCAAAAUAGGUAGGCGGAGACAGGUUUCAUUUAAAGAUAUUGAGCUACCACCAUUAUAUCCCAGAGGUAGAACUUUGUCUGUCGCUAAAAUAAAGGAUCUCAAAGAUAUGUUAAGCCUUAUUCCAAACGAUGCAAAGAAAUUUUACGGUUUCUUAAAAGUUACAAGGAGUUCAGAGUUUGACGACGAUGUCGAUGGUUUUGGAGAAAUUAUAGACUUUGAUGUGUUGCAAUUUGAAAAUGAAACCGAAGAAUAA